CGUGCGGUCAAUAGAUAAAUUUGGUUGUGGGCGUUCAUAGCCCGAAUCUGUAGCCUUUAUAUAGUUAAUUUUAUUUUCUUCAAGGUAUAAUUGUAUCAGUGAGAAAGAUGCGUGAAUGGAAAAAAUUUGGAAGUAUGAUCGAUAUGCGCUGAUCACAAAAAGAAUAUGAAUAAAUAAUUACACAUUUAUGUGCUGUUGAAAAAUUAAGAUUUCAAGUGAGUCACUUUGCGCUUGAAUACAAAAUGGCUUCAGGUGAUAACGUCGAUGUGAUUGAAGUUAUGGACUCAAGUUUUCGUGAUUCUGCUCGAGGAACCGAAUUAUCUUCAAGACUCGACGAUUCUGGUGAUGAAGAUGAUAAGUCCAUUGGAGACAAAACAACAGUCUUCGAUAGUUCAGCAUCACACCAUGCUGGUGUUGGUUCUAAGACUCCCUCGGGAGUCUCUAGAAACAAAUCCGAAAGGGAAAGAAAAAUUGGACACAGAAGAGUUGGUGUUGGAGGGGAAAUUACAUAUAAGAAGAUUCAAACGACACAAAUUAUGGGAUCGAUACAACUAGGGAUUCAGCACGCUGUUGGUGGUCUAGCAAGUAAACCUGAAAGAGAUUUAUUGAUGCAAGAUUUCAUGACCGUAGAAACAACGAAUUUCCCUAGUGAAGGUUCUAAUCACACACCGGCCCAUCAUUUUUCUGAAUUUAAAUUCAAGAAUUACGCUCCAAUAGCAUUUAGAUACUUUAGGGAUCUUUUCGGUAUCCAGCCAGAUGAUUUUUUGAUGUCAAUGUGUAGUGCACCUUUACGAGAAUUAUCAAAUCCUGGAGCUAGUGGAAGUAUUUUUUACUUAACGGAGGAUGAUGAAUUUAUUAUAAAGACUGUCCAGCAUAAGGAGGGAGAAUUUCUGCAGACUCUAUUACCUGGUUAUUAUAUGAAUUUAAAUCAAAAUCCACGAACACUUUUGCCGAAAUUCUUUGGGUUAUAUUGUUAUCGUUGUAAUAGUAAAAAUGUACGACUAGUUGCAAUGAAUAAUCUUCUACCGUCGGCAGUUAAACUUCAUCAAAAAUAUGAUUUAAAAGGAUCAACGUACAAAAGAAAGGCAUCUAAAAGUGAAAGAUCAAAAAAGUCGCCAACUUAUAAAGAUUUAGAUUUCAUGGAACACCACCCUGAGGGUAUAUUCUUAGAAGCUGACACUUAUGGGGCUUUAGUUAAAACAAUACAAAGGGAUUGUCGUGUGCUGGAGAGUUUUAAAAUUAUGGAUUAUUCUCUUCUCGUAGGAAUACAUAAUCUUGAUCAGGCAGCACGAGAGAAGACGGAACAGAAAUUAUCUCCUACUGAAGAAGAAUCGGGAGAAGCUGGUUGUGAAAGCGGAAAUUUCGGUCGAGCAGAACGAGAAAGGGAUCGAGAAGAUAGGAUAGGUGCUGUUGCGCUCAAUCGAACACGGAGUAUCAAUCGUCAAAGACUCGUUGCUCACAGUACAGCAAUGGAAAGUAUUCAAGCUGAAAGUGAACCUAUUGAUGAAGAAGAUGAUGUACCUCCUGGUGGCAUUCCUGCGAGGAACGCAAGAGGUGAGCGUCUUCUUCUGUUCAUCGGUAUUAUUGACAUUCUUCAAAGUUAUCGACUGAAGAAGAAACUUGAACACACGUGGAAGUCCAUGAUACAUGACGGAGAUACCGUAUCGGUUCAUCGACCCGGUUUUUAUGCACAGCGCUUCCAGGAUUUUAUGGCUAAAACUGUAUUUAAGAAAAUUCCAUCACUGGACCUGCCUGAGAUUAAGGGAAAUCAUCGCAAAUUCCGUAACCUCGUCACCAGCUACAUAGCUCUCAAACAUUCCCCGUCUAAAAGAAAAAGUAUAACCAGGCCAUUGCGGCCACUUGAGGGAGAUUUUGAUUCUACUGUGGUGGCGGCCACUGGAAGUACAGCAAUGCAUGCUACUUCACCCACAAAGCCUGUAAGCCCAACAUUAGUAAAAGGCACACCAAUCGUCAGUGGUGGACCCACUGUCAUUUCCAAUACGGUGCCAAUAGCAACAUCAACUCCAAUAAAUCUACCAACAUCAACCGCUGAUGGAGUUGUUUCAGUAGCACCACCACCCUUGACUGCUAGUUCGACAGUUCGUGCUAGUUAUCCAGCAGUAUUGAAAGGCAGAAGUGCAGCUAGUCCACCAAAUCCUAAUCUGGUACCCUCUGGAAAAGUACCACCACCAGUACCACCAAGAGGUGCUGGUAAGAAGAGUGAAGAUCAUCGUGGUGGAAAUAUUUCUUCGUCCUCUUCGACAUCUGGACGAGGUGGUACCCUUCCUUCAACCUGCUCCACCCCGCCCCCGCCUUUUGAUGAUGCAGUGCGUUCAAAUGAUCAAACUUUGGCCUCAGGAGUUCAUUUUCAAAAUACUACUACUUCAGCAAGUAAUUCAAGCUCCAGUUAUGUGAAACAGAGCAAAGCUUAUCAAAUUAGUCUUACAAAAACUUAUCAUGACACUGUUAGUAUAUCAGAUGUGCAUCUUGAAAACAGUGGAAGUGCAAUUGGAAAUGGCGGUAGAGUGACAAAAUCCUCACUGAGUGUUGAAAGUGGCAGCAGUCGAGGAGGUGGAAGCAGUGGAGGUGGUCUUACUUGGACACCUCCAACUGGAAGUGCUGAAGGAUCUACUCCAACUUGGACUGAAGGAACACCAUCCUUUACUGAAAGUUCCAGUAGUGGUGAUAUGGGAUGUCCAACAACGCCAACCAAAGGUUCUGAUAAGAAAGAAAAUAGUAAUCGAAUAGCAGCAACAGUUGAAGAAGCAUUAGCUAGUCUUACUACAGAAAUGGAAAUACUGCAACGAGAAUGAAUGAACGCACUCACUUUAAUCUUCACCUUUCUAUUGUGGAGAACAACUUACUCAAUCUUCGGCAGAGAAUCACCCAAAAGGAUAAAAAUCUCGUGGAAGAUGUUAGGAAUUUUAUUGUUAAAUAAUUUUAUCGAAAAAUGCAAAAAAUCUAAUAGUAUUAAAAUAAUUAUUUUAUUUUUUAUUACCAAUUUAUUAAUAUUCAGUUCAAAUCUCUUUUUUGGUAAUCAUUAAUAACGGUGAUUUUUUUUUUGUAUAUAAAGGGAAUACUUGGUGAAUUGUUUUGCAUUUCUUUAACAUAAAUGAAAGGAAUGGAAACUUAAAAAAUGCAAUAUUACAAUUCCUAUCUUAUUAAAUAUAAUGUAAUUAUGAAUUUCUUAUUUUUCUAUUUACACAUCAUUAAGUCAUCAGGCUGUUAUUAAGUUUGUUAUAUUAACUUAAUUUAUUAUAGGGAAUUCAAUUAUUUGGUAAUUUUAUUUAACAAAAUUUUUUGGGCAUUAAUUUAUUUUUUUACAUUAUUUUAUUUAUUUAUAUUAUUGUUUACAUUAAAUUAAAAGUAAUGAAAAGAGAUCUGAUACAAAUGAAUUGGACAGCAUAAUUGAUUAGCAGAAAAUAUUUGAAAUAAAAAUAAUUAAACAAAAAAAAAGCUUGCUUAAUACUGGUCUAUGGCUAGAUACAGUUAAAAAAAAAAACAAUGAAUAUAAAAUAAAAUUUGUAAAUAGACUUUGCGCCUUGAAGAUUCAAAUCUGUAAAUUUUUACAGAUUUGAUGACUAUAAUUUCAGCUGUAUACGGAUAUUAUAUGUAUGUAUUUGUUUUUGUCUCUUUGUAAUUAAAUGAAACAUUAAUCGUAAGUUGUGUAAUAUAUAAUACUAGAGUUGGGCAGUAAGAAUAUUAACGGUGUAACGUCCGGGAAAUAAUAGAUAUAUUUAAAUAUAUAUAUAUAUAAAAAUAAAUAUAUAUAGUGCUAUUAGACAAUUAAUAAAUGGUGAUUAAUAAAUUACUAAUUAGGUAAUGGAUCAAUUAUUAAAAUAUA